AUGGCCUCAUCACCCGAGAUUGUGGAGGUUGUUGAUUCAUCAUCUACAAUAGAUAAUUCUGAACAGAAGAGUUCUCUGAUACCAUCUACUGACCAUAACUCUUGGCUAACACCAGUUUCUAUAAAUCAACUUCUUCAUAAAGCACAACAAGAAAAGGAAGAAGAAGAAAAUAAGGAGGAAAAUACAGAUCCAAAGAAGAAAAAGAAGAAGAUUCGUUGGUAUCACACUAAAUGUUUUAUCUAUUUUGCUGCUAUUAUACUUGCCGCUAUUUCAAUUUUGACCAUUAUAAUUUCAUAUGUCUUGUUUGUUAGACAUAAUCACUUGCUUUUUGUUUGUAAUUCUGCAGAGUUUAUUGUUGUUUCCUUCUUUGAAGUUAUUAUUUUGAUUUGUGCUGCCAUUGUUGCUUUUAAACUUAAUGAAUGGUACAAACAGCAUCACUCAGAAGUUGCUGAAUCAGAUGAGGAUUUAAAGUUGAAAUAUUCGGAUAACUUGGCCAGAGACAAGUUGAUUAUGAAAUUCCAAAACACAAGUGUAGUCAUUUCACUCUGUUUACUUACAAUUUUCACAUUAAUUUAUUUAGCCCUUUUCGUCAUCCUUCUUUACGGAAUUUCUAAAACAACACCUUCGCUUUCAGGAGUAGAAUAUUAUACACCAAUUCAACAUGAAACUGUGAUAGAAAAGGAAAAGACAAGUGGUGUUUUUCACAUUCACGCCAAGACUGACUAUGAGUUAUUCUUUGCACAAGGUGUAGUCACAGCAAAGGAGAGACUAUUCCAAAUGGAAAUUAUGAGAAGAAUGGGUCGUGGUACAUUGUCUGCUCUGAUUGGUGAAGAUGCUCUUGAAUUGGAUAAGUGGAGCAGAACUCUAGGCCUUUUGAGAAAUUCCAAAAAUCAUCUUCAAGAUUUGGAUUAUCGUGCUAAUUUAACUCUUACUGCUUUCUUUGAUGGUGUAAAUUCCUAUUUGAAAACUAAUCCUAAAAUGCCACCAGAAUAUUGGUUAAUAUUUAACAAGAAGACAAUUCACAAGUUUGAGGUUGUUGAUGCUCUCGUAUUUUGGAAAUUAGCUGCUUUGGAUAUUUCUACAAACAUUUUUAUGGAAAAAGUAAGAUUUAAUUCUUUAAGAAAGAACAAUACUCUUGCUCAUACUAUGGAAUUUUAUCCAACCUAUCCAAGAAGUUGGCCUGAACAAUUCAAAAAGACUGAUUUGAACAUUCAAGCUACUCAAGAGGAGAUUGAUGCUCUUGAAGAAAGAUUUACCAACAACUUUGGAGCCUUUAUGCCAAAGAAUGAACAAAGUGACAAUGAUAAUAACAAUGAUGGAGAUGGUGAUAUUGUUCCUGAAGACCCAGAAGAUCCAAUCGUACAAGAAGGAUUCACUAGAAAAUUGAGAAAGAUUAAGAAAAAUCAUCCGGCCGUCUAUAAUUCAAUUGAAUCAUUCUUCAAUAAGAAAUCACACGAAUCAUACUUUGCUUCCAAUGCUUGGGCAGUCCAUGGAUCAAAAACAAAGAAUGGAAAACCAAUAUUGGCCAACGAUCCACACAUGAAAUUAACUGCUCCACUUCCGUUCAUUAUGUUCCACUUGGUUUCAGAAGAAAGUGGUUUAGAUACCAUUGGUGCUACCUAUCCACUCAUUCCUGGUAUUGUUAUCGGAAGAAACAAGAAUAGUUCAUGGGCUAUUACUUCAUCAGGAUCUGACGUUCAGGAUUUAUUUGUAUUGGAUCAAAUUAGUGACUCAACCUAUGUUGUCAAUGGAACAGAACAUGACUAUGUAACACAUCAAGAGGAAAUUCACUUUGAUAAUACUCAAAGUGUUACCAUUCACGUUAAGGAUAGCAUUUAUGGACCUGUUGUUAAUACUCUUUUGGGAUGGGAAGAUAUUCAAGAAGUUGUUGCUUUGAGCUGGACUGGUAUUAAGGAUAAUGAUACCAGUUUGAAUGCUGUUAUUGGAAUCAUGUACCAAAAUAAUUGGCCUCAAUUCCAUGAAAAUAUGAGACAUUUGGUUUCUCCUCCUAUGAAUUAUAUUUAUACUGAUGCUGAAAAUAUUUGCUCACUCGUUGCUGGAAUGGUUCCAAUCAGAAAGUAUGGACAUACUGGAUUGUUCCCAGUUUCUGGAAAUGGUACCUUUGAUUAUGAAGGUUAUGUUCCAUAUGAAAAGAUGCCAUAUGUAUGCAACCCAGAGAGAAAGUUUGUUGUUGCUGCCAAUGCAAGAAUUGAACCACCAGGAUAUCCAUAUUAUCUUGGUGCUGAUGUAGGUACAAAGUACAGACUGGAAAGAAUCGAGGAUUUAUUAAGUUCAAACAAGACCUUCAAUAUUACAAAUAUGGUCGACAUUCAAUUAGAUACCUAUUCUAAACUCUUCUUUGAUUUGAAGCCAUUUAUCUCCAAGUUGAAAAAUACUAGUUUAACAUUCCAAGAAGAAGUUAUCAGAAAAGAUUUGGAAAAGUGGGACGGCUAUCUUAUUCUUGGAUCUAAACAAGCAAGUCUUUUCGAAAUGUUCCACACCAAACUUUGGAAUAUGUCUUAUGCUGAUUUGGGUGUUGAAAAUUCAAAUAUUAUUUACAUUAAGAAUGCUCUCAACAAAACAGGACGAUGCUCUCCAAAUCUUCCAAAGACUUGUAUGUCAUAUGCAGUAUCUGCAUUCAAACAGUCUAUUGCUGAUUUGAAGGUACUCUCCAAGAGUACAGAGAUUCCUUCUUGGGGUGUUGGUAUUCACUCAACUACAUAUUUCCAUCCAGUUUUCCACUCAUAUGCAUUCUCUUGUGCAUGCGACAAACGUCACUAUGUUCCUGGUGGAACAGACACAAUCAACUUUUCUCGUGUUACUGAGACCAAUUUAGAUUCUUCACAUGGUGUUGCUUUCAGACAAAUAACUUCUAUGAGUGAUGCUGAUGGUGAUUUAUUUAUUACUCCUCUUGGGCAAAGUGCUAACUGGUUAGACUAUGACUAUCACUCUAAUUUGCAAAUAUUUGCUGAGGGAAGAUAUCACUCACUUAAACGAAAGAAUUACAAGGUAACUUCAACACUUACUUUGAAACCUAAGGUCUCCCAAUAA